AUGUACAACAAUCCUCAUGCCUAAUUACCAUUUUAUAAUUCAAUGCCUAAUUCUUACUCUUAAAUAGUAGCAAGUAGUAUUCCUGUUUAUCCUCCUACAUAUUAAACACAAGGUAUUUCAGGUAUCAAUUAAAUGACUUAAUAGAGUAUACCUCCACAAAAUUUAUAAAUGAAUCCAAACUCAUCUUAAACAGCUUAACCCCCUCCAAUGGUUGUAAAUCCUAUAGCUGCUCCUAUAACAUCUGCAAUGAGAAUAUAAGCAGCAAAAAGCUCUAGAAUUUCUUGGAGAAACGUUCACGAUCUAGAUAUUGAAGCAUUGAAAAAAUCUAAUGAUAUUGAAACUCUUGAAUCUUAUUUACCUAAUCUUUUAGAUUCUAUUGUAACUUAAGAAGAGUAUGAAAAGCUUAAACCAGAAGCUUUGGUCAAUCUUCUUUAAAUAUGUUAGAUGAGCUUAUAGUAUUUUGAUUAUACUCAAGACUAUCUUGAAAAUCUUUCAAAUGAAACUUAAGAUGAAAUUAAUAAAAUUUAUAAGAAAGUUGAGGAUGAUAAAAAAAUAUUGAAAAAGAGCAAAAAGGAAAUAGAGAAAAUGAAAAGUGAAAUUGAAAUCAAAAAAGAAGCAAUUAGAAAGUAUAAAGAUUUUUUAAAGUAAAGACCCUAAUAUAAAUGCCAUAUUUGCAUAAAUAAAUUUUUUGCAAAUGAAGACUACUUAGAUGCACAUAUUAAAAGAAGACAUGCCCAUGUUUUACCUAUGAAUGCUAACCAUCCUAAUUUUGCUGUUAUGUAAAAUAUGGUUUUCGCCUAAUAAUUAUAGCAAGAACGUUUAGAAUUUGAAAGAUAAUAAAAGCUCCUUCUUAAAAAUGAAAAAUUCUAAAAAGACGAUGUAGUCGAUAAAUUAGAAUUAAUUCUUUAGAAGAAUAGAUAAGAAUAGGCUGAGUUAUAGUUAGAAAUGUAAAGGAGACUUAGGGAUAUUGAGUCUUAGUAAAAUGAAGUAAUAAAUAAAAAAUAAUAAGAAAAUGAAUUUCAAAGAUAGUAAAUCGUUGACUUGAUGAAAAAUAUGAAUAAGAUACAUGAUGAAAUAACAAACUUAAAAUAUAGAGAAGUUGUUAUAUAGUAGUCUAGUCAAAAUGAAUAAAGAGAAUCACAACUCUAAGAACUUUAUAAAAAAUAAAAUGAAUUAUUUGAGAAUAAUUAAAAGCUUAAAUUAUAAUAAAUAGCUUUAGAAGCUCAAAAAGAAAAAUAAUUAUUAGAAGAAAAGUAAAAAUUAGAAUAGUUAAAAAAGAAAAAUUCUCAAAAGAGUGACUAACAAAAUAAUAAUGAUGAUUUAAUAAAAUAGUUAAUUGGAGAUGAUAAUUACAGCAAAAGAGUAUAAAGUAACAUUAGUGAUAAGUAAUAAGUACCUAGUGAGAUUAAAUAGAUAACUAAAUAAAUCUCAGAAAUAAGGGGUAUUAAAAAUGGAAAUUAGAUUGAUAAAGAAAUCAUAGAAGAUUUAGAUGGUAUUUACUUAGGAAAUCCUGAUAAAAAUAACUAAAAGAAAUAAUAAAAUGAAAAAUAAUAGCAACCAAAUAAAUUUAAUAGCAUAGCUUCUAAUAUGAUUUUACAAGGGCAUCCUGUGUAUAAUUAGAAAUAAAAUACUAAGGAAGAAGAUGACAUAUCAGAAGAGGGUGAAAUUUAAGAUGAUUUUUAUCACUCAGAAGAUGAUGUAGAAAACUCAUAUGAAUCAAAUGAAAAUGAUAUCUCUAAAGAUAAAGAAUUUAAUAAUUAAUGUGAAGAGGAAAAAGAAACAAUGGAAUUAAAUUUAAAAUAAAAAAAUUAGACUGAUAAGACUAAGCAGCUUGAGUAACUUGACUAACAAAUAAAUAAAAAACUUAGAGAAUAAGGAAUUAAUUAGCCAAUAUAGAAUUUACAAAAUCUCCCUACUGUAAAAAUUUAGUAAUUUACCAAUAAACUUAAAAAUUUAAAUAAUAAUAACAGAAAUAAGUUGAAACAAUUUUAGAGUAAGUUCGAAAUCCUGACAAAGUUCCCCCAACAAACAAUUUAUAUAAAAAUGAUGACUUUGAUGAUGAUUUUGAAUAAAGCAAAGGCAAUAAUUAAGGAAUAAAUUAAUCUGGAAAAGGAGUUUUGCAUAGCAGCAGGAAAAAUUAGCAAUUAGAAGAAAGUUCUUAAAAUUAUGACGAAUCAGGUUAUUAUAAUGGAUCUAAAGGCAGGACAUAUGAACUGCAAGCAAAUCCAACUUCACUUAAUAAGCAACUUCAAUCCUUCGGAGACUCAUAUACAGAAACUUUGUAUUAAAAUAAAAAUCAAAAGAAAUUCGCAUAUGAAGACUCAGAUGAAUUUUGAGUCAGAUUUUUCGAGGAAAAAAUUUAUUUUUUUAAACAGAUUUUAUAAAAUAAAUUAUAAAAUUUAUCUCUAUAUUAUUAUCAUUGUAUCUAAUAUUUUAAAAAAUAUUAUUUAUCGUGUCUUUAUUAUAAAUUUAAUCAAAUUACUUUUAUGA